CCUUGGUCCUGUUUCCUUAACAACCUGCUGGCCCUGUCCAACAAUGCUCAUGUGCUCAUCAAAAAGGAACUCAAUAAUAAGUCCAUCCGGCCAAGUAAGCGGUUUCUCUCUUGUCGCGAUGUCAGUUAUCUCAACAUAUUGUUCGUUGUCCAUUCACCUCUUCAUUGAUCGGCGGGCUCAACUUCAGUCAUUAUUACAGCACCAAAAUACCUAUGCUCGGCGGUGUAAACAUGGGAAACGGCAUGAGACAUAUCAGAUGGAGGUCACUUGAAAGAACGAUAAAUGAGGGUCUGUUUGCUAAUAUCGAACCGAUAUGUAUCAUCUCUGCCGAACGAUGUUUAAUACCAUACUUACUUCGUACUUUAGCAUUCAAGAGCAUC